AUUCACUGACAAGCUUCUUGGUGUUGGCAGAUGCGUGUGGUAGUAGCAAUUCUUUGGGCGGUGGCAGGGGCGGUGUGGGCGCUGGAGGAGGACAGUGUGGGCGCCCUUUACGAUGAACACUUUCCUCCUCUUCACCCUAAUUGUACCCAGAGUCUCACAGACCUUCUCCUGCUGCGCCAAGAAGUCCAGCUGAAAGAGCUGAAGCAGGCCGAGCAAGAGUCUGCAGGGAUCUUGAGGGAGAUGGUGCACGUCCUGAAUGAUAUCAAAGGCGCCCUGACGCAGAACCACACGUCUGCAGAAGCAUCCUGCCCAGCUAGCUUUAGGAAAUUUGGCGACACCUGCCUCUACCUUGCCAAGGACGUCAGCGUUAAUUGGGCAGCUGCUCGGCUGUUCUGUCAAGACUUCGGAGGAGAUUUAGCACACGCUCUUGGAUACGUCAAAACAUCGGCGCCUGGAAAGAAAAUUGAUGUCUGGGUUGGCGGGACCGACAUCGCGAAGGAAGGCGAAUGGAGGUGGGUCUCCGGAGAAGACAUGCCCAGAGGAACGCCAUUCUGGGGAGACUAUAAUUACGAACGUGAGCCAAAUGAAUUAACCGACGCUAACUGUGCCAUCCUCCACGGCCACGAUGACUACUUACUGCACGACGUUUCCUGUGAUAAGAAAAGUCAUCCUCUCUGCGGAUCAGCCCUUCGAGGACGGGCUAGCGGUAAGGGCUCGAUUCCAGCAUAUAUGAGUGGCGGAUGGGCCUUAAGGGAAGGAGGCGGAGAGAGGAGUUACCCCCCCGAGAGACGUUGACUAUCUGUGUCCCAACCGUCGCAUCGGCAUCGGCUUCGGCAACGCAAGCAGCGAGGAUUUUUGUCUGCGCUUUUAAAUGUUUCUGUUACUCUCGCCUUUUCGGUUAUGCCCAUUUUAAGGCAAUCGAUAUACAUCUAUUUUUUGUAAUCAGAUUAAGAUGCAUUGAUUGAUGUUGCCAAGUGAUAUUCAUAUCUUUCAGGAAAGAAUGGGCAAAACAUAAUGUUUUAAUGUUUGUCUGAAUCUAUGUGACGGAGGAUGUUAUAGACACGCACACACACACACACACACACACACACACACACACACACACACACACACACACACACACACACACACACACAC